CUGCUAUAGACUAGAUGUCUCCAGAACUAGCUAGGACUGACUUUGCCAUUAGUGAAUGAAGUGGCUUUGGUCAAGGAGCUUAUUUCUCUGUGUCUUCAUUUUCUGUAAUUAAAAAUGAAAACAAAACAGAACAACCAAAGCUCCUAAACUUCUGGGCUUAUUGUAGAGUGUACUAUCUAAGAACAAUAUGCUGUUAAAGCAGGUAACUCUAUGGGCCUCAGAAGGGGCUCAGUAGUAGCCUUUAGGAGAAUUGUAAAUGGAGAUAAAGUCUAUAAGUUGAGAAAAAUAUAUUUAUGGCUUUAUGUAUUUAAAUGGUUUGGAAAGUAAAUUUGAUUUUGCUAUGUAUGUACUUUCAGAAAAACUUAUUUUGAAAUGGAUUUCUUUCAAUAUUUAAUCAUACAUGAAAGGAAGCAAGUACUAAUAGUUGGGCAACAAAUCAUUUAUUCCUUCAGAUAUCUUGUCUGAAAUUCUGGGCGUUAAAGACAACAAGUGUCCCAGUAAGUUGAACACAACCUCCAGUAGACUUUUAAGCUCAGUCUGCUUGGAUAUAAGGUCCCAAGCACCUUGAAACUUGUAGACAUUCCAGUGGAGAGGCGGUUUGGAAUAUCGAUAUUGACCACAUACCCAUCAUUUGUGUCCACCAUCACUAACCUAUGAUAUACACACUUCCAUCUUCUACACCACAUAUGCAGAUGCACACACACACACACACACACACACACACACAGAUUAAAAGCUGGGGAGAAAAUAGAAAGGGUGAUGUGACAGAGAAUCAAGGGGGUAUAGUAAUGAGUUUGAUUCUGUUUUUGGUGUUUGACCACUGACGGUUUUCAGACUCCAGCCUUCUGCCACCCACUCUGUCUCACAACUGGACAGGCUGGGGCAGGGGGGAGGGUUGCUUUUUGGUUUGUUUUAAACCUACUCAGCAGUAAACCAGGCAUAGCUUGUGGGAGACUUUACCCCAGCCCACACCCUAAUCACAAUAAAAACCAAAGCCACUCACCACUCUCUUCACGCAAGUCAAAUGAACCAGUUUGGUUGCCUGUCUCCUCUCCUCAGAAAGACUCAUUAUGUACCUGGCUGUACCGAAACGAAAGUGACAAGAUCCUGGUGCAGUCAGUCUGCAUACAGAUCAGAGGGCAAAUUCUGCAAAAGCUAGGGAUGUGGUACGAAGCAGCAGAGGUAAUAUGGGCCUCAAUCAUAGGGUAUUUGACCCUUCCUCAGCCAGAUAGAAAGGGUAUUUCCACAUCACUAGGUAUACUGGCAGACAUCUUCGUUUCCAUGAGCAAAAAUGAUUAUGAGAAGUUUAAAAACAAUCCACAAAUUAACUUGGGUUUGCUGAAGGAGUUUGACCACCAUUUGCUGUCAGCUGCAGAAGCCUGCAAACUGGCAGCUGCCUUCAGUCCCUACACACCCCUCUUCGUGCUCACGGCUGUGAAUAUCCGUGGCACGUGCUUGUUGUCCUAUACUAGCUCUAAUGACUGUCCUGUGGAAAUGAAAAAUUCAUAUCUGUGUGAAGCCAAAGAGGCCUUUGAAAUUGGCCUCCUCACCAAGAGAUAUGAUGAACCAGUUAGUGGAAAACAAGAGCUUCACAGUCUUCUCAAAGCUGCUUUUGGCCUCACCACCGUGCACCAAAGACUGUAUGGGGAGACAGAGGUGGUCCGUACAGCAAGUCAGCUCUGUCAUGAAGCUAUGGGAAAGCUGUACAGUUUCAGUACUUCCUCUGAAAGUCAGGAGAGAGAAACUCUCUCUCAGGAGAUCAUGUCAGUUAUCACCCAGGUAAAGGAUCAUUUACAAAUUCAAAGCUUCUCAAACUUAGAUGACAAGUCUUAUGUUCCAGAGAGUUUCAAGCACGGGUUGGAUAAACCCAUCUUGCAUGGGCAAGUAGAUUUCCAAAAAAUCCUUGAAACCUAUUCACAGCACCACACUUCAGUGUGCGAAGUUUUUGAAGGCUCUUGUGGAAACAACAAAGAUAAACAGAAAGAUAUGAAAACGGGAGUCUGUAUCACUGCUCUAGAAACAGAGACAAAAAACAUAGAUACUGUGUGUACUACUGAAGACAAACCACAUUUUCAAAAAAGCACGGUAAUAUCUUCCUCCCACAAGGCUAAGAAUGGUCAGGAGAAACUCAGGAGGAUAGCAAGGAAAAACUGGACCCGUUCUGAUGCCUUUCGAGUCUCCUUGGAUCAAGAUGGGGGAACUGAGGUUGAGUCAUCAGAUCACAGCCAUGGUGAAGGAGCUGUUUUGAACAAGUCUCUGAGUGACAGCCAGUGCUCCAGUUCUUGGAGCGAAUUAUCGGUGGUUAGCUCUUCUACCAGCUGGGAGGAAGUGAAUUAUGUGGACGAUAGGUCAACCAGAAAAGAGCCUUGCAAAGAAGUGCACCUUGUGGAUACUGAGUGUUCCGCUGCCCCAUCUGAAGACAUCAAUGAGGAAACCAGACCUGUACAUCCACUAUCUUCAGAGCUUCACGGUCUCACUCUCCAAGUGUCCAAGGAUGACAAUUUAGAGUCUUUGCAAAGUCAACUACACAGCCACGUGCCCUUGAAAACCUCCCAUCCUCAUAACACAACAGGCAUGUUCUCAGUGUCUGGGGCGGGGCUGUUAGACGGAGUUCCAGAAGAUGUGCAGAAAGCCAGAAAUAGGGGAUCCAGAAAUACUUCUGCUCAUUCCAGACCCUCGUUUGGUUCUGCUUCUUUGUCCUCUUUUGAUGCUGGUUGGCCCAAGAACACAGCCACAUUCCCUUUGGUCCAAGAAGAAGAAACCUUUGAACUAAUUGAUGAAUUUCCAGAAAUCAACUGUGAUGCCAAAGACAGGCAUGGAGAGGAAAUCAAAAGAGGCACAGGCCUUACAUUUAAAGAAAGUUCCGCCUGGGUUGACCCGGAAGGAGAAACAGCAGAAAAAGAAGAGGAUAUGCCCUUAGACUCUGACAUAGUCAUGGAGGAUUCCCUGGGCCAACGUUCCAGGACAGCACGUAGCUUUUCCACUCUUCAUUGGCCUGUUCAAAAUCCUGACUCAGGAAAGAGCAGUGGCUCAGUCAAAGAGCAGGGCAUCGACCCUGAUGCCUCCACAGUGGAUGAGGAGGGCCAAUGGCUCGACAGCACAGAUGUUCACCCCACAAGCAGACGUGGCUCUUACAGCCUAUGUGCUCUGAGACAGUCGCGUGGUCAAUGGCCUGAAACCCCCAACUCCUCUGUAAGCAGUAACAUUCCCUCCUCUGAUUUUAGCAAGGACUGCACUACCACGGAGGAGGGAAACAAACUAGGAAACAUGCUAAACUGCAGCCAGAACUCCACCUCAUCCUCGGCAGGGUGGUUGAAAUCACCAGCAUUUUCCUGCGGUUCUUCUGAGGGGGAAAACCCGCAGUCCUUUCUGAAUUCCAGUGGAAGUUCUUUUGUUUCAUUGCCGGGAAUGACAAGGCAAGAGAUCCUAGAGGCUCGAACCCUGCUCCCCGAUGACUUUGAAAAACUUUUGGCAGGGGUGAGACAUGAUUGGCUCCUACAGAGACUGGAGAAUACAGGAGUUUUUAAGCCCAAUCAACUGCACCAAGCAUACAAUGCUCUUUUAUUAAAAUAUUCUAAAAAAUCAGAAUUAUGGACAGCCCAGGAAACUGUUGUGUAUUUGGGGAACUACCUGAAUGUGAAGAAGAAAGGCAGACAAAGAAAUGCUUUCUGGGUUCAUCAUCUUCAUCAAGAAGAAACUCUGGGGAGAUAUGUUGGGAAAGAAUAUAAGGAGCAGAAGGGGCUCUGGCACCACUUCGCUGAUGUGGAACGGCAAAUGACUGCACAGCACUACGUGACAGAAUUUAACAAGAGGCUUUAUGAACAAAAGAUCCCAACACAGAUAUUCUAUAUCCCAUCCACAGUAUUACUGAUUUUGGAAGGCAAGACAAUAAAGGGAUGUAUAAGUGUGGAACCUUAUAUCCUGGGAGAAUUUGUAAAAUUAUCAAAUAAUGCGAAAGUGGUUAAAACAGAAUACAAAGCUACAGAAUAUGGCUUGGCAUACGGCCAUUUUUCCUAUGAGUUUUCUAAUCAUAGAGAUGUUGUGGUCGAUUUACAAGGUUGGGUGACUAGUAAUGGAAAAGGGCUUAUCUAUCUGACAGAUCCCCAGAUUCACUCUCUUGAUCAGAAUGAUGUCACUACCAAUUUUGGAAAGAAGGGAAUUUUUUACUUCUUUAAUCACCAGCAUUUGAAAUGUAAUGAAAUAUGCCAUCGUCUUUCUUUGACAAGACCUUCAGCUGAGAAACCAAAUAAGUCAUAGACUAUCUGGCGUAGUAAUGGGAUGGGCUUGGUGCCACUCACGGGAGCUGGGUCUUCCUCUUCCCCCAGUCACACACAGUAUCGUGAAGCCUGGUCCCCUCAGACUUAGGCAGGGCUGUGGGACUACUUCUGGCCAAUGACUUGUGAGAGGAAUUAGUGACUAUCCAUUUCAGGCCCAUAUUUAAUUGCCAGUGUGACUUGCUAUGGAGUUACUUCUGCCACAAUUACCAAGAAUAUGUCAGGAGACAGCUGCUUAUCGGCAUAAGUCCUACAAUGAGGGCAACACGGAAAAAGCCCCCAAGUGACCCAUCAUGGACACAAAACAGAUGAGAAAUAAACUUUUGUGUUUAAGCCAUUGA